ACAGCUAAAAGGCACCUCUGGACAAAGUGGAAGCCUGUUGGGUGUUUGUGUGUGUGUUUUGUGACUUCUCCACCUUUUCAUUAAAAAAAUAAAUGCAGGUCAAGAUGAGCUUUCCUUUACCACUUCUUACAUUGUAGCAGUUAAGGCACAAAUACUGAGUACUCAGGUUAUGCACCUUAAAAAUGUUAAUGCUUUACCUUGAACUGUUUUAAUGCUGAUCACAGGAGUGGAGUUGGGAAUUGCAUUGGCUUAAUUUCCUUGAUCUCCUGAGCUAAGGGAGCUUUACUGUUGCCAGUGCCAGAGUGUAUGCCCCGUCCCCCAAGACAGUCAAGGAAGGCAACUGUUAAAAACUCCUAAAACAACCAAAACCAAAUGCUGUAUUCUUCCAGAAGGACACAGGUCACCGAAAUGGGUCUGCUUCCAGAAGAUGAGAUGCACUAGAUGUGGUGCUUAGUCAUGGCAUCAGAACUGUGUAAAACAAUCUCUGAGGCAAAGCUGGAAAGGCACAAGAACUUGUUCUUAAAUUACCGGAACCUCCAUCACUUCCCCCUGGAGCUACUGAAGGAUGAGGGGCUGCAGUACUUGGAGAGACUUUACAUGAAAAGAAAUUCCCUGACCACAUUGCCAGAAAACCUUGCACAGAAGCUUCCAAACCUCGUGGAAUUGUACCUCCAUUCAAACAACAUAGUUGUUGUACCUGAAGCCAUUGGCUCCCUGGUUAAGCUGCAGUUCCUGGACCUCAGUGACAAUGCCCUGGAAAUCGUGUGUCCGGAGAUCGGCCGCCUCAGGUCUCUGCGCCACCUUCGCCUGGCCAACAACCAGCUCAAGUAUCUGCCUGCAGAGGUUGGAGACCUGAGGGAGCUGCAGACCCUGGACAUCUCCACCAACAGGCUGAUGACUCUCCCGGAGCGGCUGCACAUGUGCCUGUCCCUGCAGUACCUGACGGCGGACAGGAACCACCUGUGGUACGUGCCCCGCCACCUGUGCCAGCUGCCGAGCCUCAACGAGCUGUCCAUGGCCGGGAACCGCCUGGCAUUCCUGCCCCUGGAUUUAGGUCGUUCUCGAGAGCUUCAAUAUGUUUAUGUGGAUAACAAUAUUCACCUGAAAGGCCUCCCAUCCUAUCUGUAUAAUAAAGUCAUUGGUUGCAGUGGUUGUGGUUCUCCAAUUCAAGUUUCAGAGGUGAAACUGCUCUCUUUUUCAUCAGGCCAGUUAACUGUGUUCCUGCCAGCAGAGGUGAAAUCUAUAGGGACAGAAACAGAUCAUGUGCUGCCUUUGCAAGAACUGGCCAUGAGGACCCUCUAUAACACCUACUACAGGUUUCUGAAAGAUUUGAACUUUCUGACUCCAAUCUCGCUACCCAAAAGCCUCUUGGAAUUGCUGCACUGUCCCCUGGGACACUGUCACCGCUGCAGCCAGCCUAUGUUUACCAUUGUCUACCCAAAGCUCUUUCCCUUGAGGGAAACUCCAAUGGCAGGAUUGCAUCAAGGGAGGACAACUGUUAGUUUUGUGGCAUACUGCUGCUCCACCCAGUGUCUGCAGACUUUUGACCUACUGAGUUGAUAAACAUUUCAAACCACUCAGGAGUGCUGCCAGUGUAAAGCUGCAUUAGAUGUCAUAUCCAUUGGUACUGGAAUACCCUGCGUGUGCUCGUGUGCCAAAGCAGCAGAAGUGCCCAGUCAGGAACACUCUGAGGCACUUGAGUCCUGCCCUAUCAAAUUUGGAUGAGCUGCAGGAACUUUUCAGAAGUGUAAAUACCAAGCUUUUAAAAGUAUUAACUUCUCUCUCUCCUCCAAGGCAGCACACAAACCAAACACAUUCACAAGCUCUGACUUCAGGAUUUCCAGUAUUUUUCAAAUGUGUCUGUCUUCGGGUUGACCCAUUGCAUCACUUGGGGCAGUUUCAUUCCUCUAACAGGGGAAAAAAAAAAAUUGUUUAAUUUAUGGCAAAUAAGUUUUCAGUUACUCAUCCCAAUCCUCUUCACCUCUGCAGCCAGAAUCAGGUGUACAGCUCUAAACCUACAGAAACCUUUGAUGGGAUCCCAGUGACUUUUCCAUAGAUUUCAGCUUUAUUUCCUCCCUCUCGUGUCAGCAUUUCCCCCAGCAGAUCUAUCCCAGUUGUGUACCACGUCUUUGACAGUUAUUUGUGGUAUUCAAAUCCACGUUCUAAAAGCAGAUCUCUCUUUCCAGCAUCAUUAAAUGCCACACUUGAUUUAAUUGGAGUAACCAGGAUAUGUCUGGAGACUGAAGAUGCUGUUUCAGUGAAGGCUGGUGCUGGUGCCUGCACUAAGGGCUCUUGCUCCAGCCUUUUGAGGGUGCAUUUUCUUUAUUUUCAAUGUUUGAAUUUUUUUUUAUUUUUUUAAAAAGAGUUCCCCUUUCGUUUCUUUGACUUCUUCAGGAAGGAGAUGACUUUUAAGUAGCAAUUUCCCUUGGGGGAAAAAACCCUAGCAAUAUGAUGGUAAAUGUUUAUAUUUAUUGUAUUUUUACGGUUGCAGAGUGUUGAUCUGCAAAGAGCUGGUCUUGGAUCUUUUUUUAAAUUCAGCAUUUGGCUGAGUUGUCCAGGUGUGUCAGUGGAUUGUGUGCCUUGGAGAAGGCUGGAAAUCCAGGGGCAGGUGUGUAUCUCCACUCACAGGGAUAAUCCUUACCCAGAUACCUGCUCAGAAGGGCUGUAACACUUGUUUUCAUGUACCAAGGGCAGAUUGGGUGCAAAUUCCCACUCACUGUCCCACUUGUGGGAAUCCUUCUUUGUUAGAUCUUGUUCAUUUUAAAUAAAGAACAAAGGAUGGAGAAAAAGGCUCAAAUUGCCUACUUGACUUAAAAAUUUGAUUUUAUACUGAAACGGUUUAUAGAAAAUUAGCCCCUCUUGACUUGUUUUUGAAUAUACAAUAUUUUUUUAACAUCAUGUGUUGGGCUUUUUUUUUUUUAAUUUCUAUUUCUUAGGUAUAAACUACUUGUUGAUUUAGCACAGUGUGCUACUCUGUGCAGUAGGUAAUUACAAGCUGAAAUAGAUAUGAAUGAAACAGUUUGUUAUAAAAAUGGCAAGAUAAAGAGACUUAUUUGGUAGGGUAUUAGCAUAUGUUGUGGUGAGGUGUGUGGACUUUGAAGGCAGGAGGCAUUAAAAUGUUUUCCUUUUGCCAAAGAAGCAUUUGUUCCCUCUGCAGGCUUCCUGGCAUCUCUUCAAUAAAUAGAGCAUCUUAAGAGCUUAAAAGUGUACCAAAAAGGCAGUUUUGAGGGUGGAAUUUUUAGGUUGUGCAUGUUACUUGUAAAAUCUUUGCUGGUUUUACUGGGUUGGUUUUUAAGAGAGUUGAAUUAGCAGUAAGAAAUGUAGAACUUAAUCCUUCAGGAAUGCAAGUAUCAUCUACUGUUUAAGAAUUGUGAAACUUUCUAAAAUAAAUCCCAUUUAUUAACUCUGCUUUGCAGCAGGAGCCGUGGCCAGGCAGCCUCGGUGCUAUUGGAUUUCUGACUGGGUUUGGAUGUGGCUGUCCCAGCAGACCUGCCCACCCCACAGGGUUCACUGCUGAGGCAGCAAAAAAUCCAUCCUCAGCUUUGUCCUUUUCCUCCAGCACCCAGAGCUGAGGUGGAAAUUGCCCAGGUACAGUUAGAGCUGAAUCACAGACAGAAUCCACUUUUCCCAGUCAGGCGAUAAGAGAGCUGUGGUUUUGUUACAAAUAUCGAUUUUGAUACAAUAGUCUUGAUCAGGAAUUUUCAGUAUUAUUUUUACUGUGGCUUCCUCUGUCUGUGAAGGAGAUUUUUAUCUUGCGGGUUUUUAUAGCAAGCUGUAGACUUUAAAUCACAGUUCAUAUCACAAUUCGGUCUGUAAAUAUUGUUUUGGAGUUAAAUCUUGUGAUCACCUAAAAGGCAUUAAUGUUUGUUUUAUUAGGAGUCAGAUAGGAAGAGUGGAGCUUGAUUUUAUUAUUAUUAUUAUUAUCAUUAUUUAUUUAUUAUUUUCUUUCUUCUUCCCACAACCUAAUUAUUUCUUAUUGAGUCCAUAUCAGUCUCUUUAUUGUUGUCUACAAGUGCAGUUCAGAAGAAAUUUAGCCUGUUCUAUAAGCAGGAUGAAUCUUAACUAACACUUUGAUAGAUGAUAUUUCAAGGAUGGAAUGUUCAAUGAAUAAAUGACUUAAACAUGCAAUUGAAGCUGAAAUGUCAUACCCUAUUUUUAUAAAACAAGGAAGAGGAAAGCCAAUAUAUAGACUGAAAAUGCAGCUUAAAUUCGUGUUUCUCUGAUGUUUUUUUGGUACAAACAGUGUUUGUAUUCAUCUGUAUCUUUGGGUGAUAUUGUUCUAGAUUAAAAUAACUCCAUUCUCACUUGUCCAAAUUUUUCUAAAGUUGUUCUACUGUAAGAGUAUUUCAUAACCAGCAAACAUGAGAGCCAGCUAUGCAAAUUGCAGAGGGGAGAGGGAGCUUCUUGGUGAGUGGUGUCACAAUGCUUGGACUUCUCUUUAAUGUUUGGGGUUUUUUUCUAGGUAAUUUUUGAUUGGUCUCGUUUGUCAGGUUAGUUCCCACCCAGAUAAAUUUUCCUUUGUACUACAAAAAAUCUGGUUCCAGCAGUUGAAAAAAAUGAGCAUUUAAAAAGACUAUUUUUUGUCAUAAAAGUAGAUCUUAACUCUUCACUUGGUUGGGAGCAGGAAAAGUUUCUGUUGUUUUGUUUUUUCUAGGCAUAACAAAGAGGUGCAGGAGAGAAAUGAGAUAAAAAGUCUUUAACCCAUUGAUAUUGUUACAAAAUUUUUCUGAGUAAAGAUUAGCUCCUAUUAUAAUUAGGGAGCACAGGCAUCAUUUUUGUUUAGGUUGUGAUAACAAGCACCAUGUUCAUAAAAUUGGAGCCCUAUACAGAGGUAACUUUUUGUUCUGGCACGGAGGAAGUGGAGGAGUCUCUGGCUUCGUCUAAAAAUGCUACUGGAGUGGUUCUGGCACUGUUAGAUUUGCAGCACUGUUCUUGGGAACCUGCCUGUUCAUCCCCCAGAGGAGCAGGAAUGCAGGUGUCCUUUCCUGUGUGAAGAACAAGGUCUGACAUCAAGAAAUGUGGAUUCCUCUGUUUUGACCCGAUGCUUCUCUUGGGCUCCUACCGAAGUUCAUUUACAACCCUUCUAUUUACUUGGUGAGGUUGAGAUGUUGCUGUGAGCAGAGCAGAGCUCUUCAUUGCCAAGUUGGCUUCAAUUCUUCCAGAUCAAAUUCUGCUGAAUCCCUUGUUCUGGCCUGGAGGGAGGACAGGACUGUGCUAACACGCGGGUGGCAGCGGCGUGUCAGGUUUUACUGACAUCACAGCCGAGCUGGAGACUCGAGAGUGACAGCCCUUUCCCCGGAGAGGAUGACCAGAGUACCACUGACAACACACCAACUUUUGCCUUGAUGUCAGUGGCGGAUGGAUCACCUUUAACUGAUGAGAGAGGAGAACGUUUUACCGUCUUUGCAUUUCUUGCAAAAACUGGGACAGCAACACCAGAGCCCAAGGCAGCCUCUGUCUGCAGCUGGACUUGGAUAAUUCCAACUAACUUUGCCUCUUACCUCCCUCUUAAUACUACCCAUGUUGUUGCAAAAUGUUAUAGUUAACUUGUGAUGGAAGAGGCUGAGUAAAUUGAAUCCAGAGGUUUUUAUUACUUUUUGUAUUAACAGACCUAUUUUGUAAGAGACCAAAGGUCUGGUGGAAAGAAGUGGCAACGCUCAUGUGAAGUCUUCAUUGCUUUUGCUUUUAUGUGCCCUUUUUCUUUUUUUCCUCUUUUUCUUUGGAUUAUAACGAACUUGGUUUGCCACUGAGCCCGUUCUGUGUCUGUGGGAAGCACAUGUGAACUGCUUUCUUGCUCUGUAUUAACCAAAUGUCACUCAGUGUGAAGGUGAGCUUGCUAGAUGGUUUAUUUAAAGUUAGUGGUGCGAUUUAUUGUAUGUGCCUGUUAAUAAACUAUAUUUUUGGAUAGAA